UAUAAAGUACAUGUACAAGAUAAGCAGAAAUUUAAAUAAAAAAUAAAUAAAAAACUUGAAGCUUCAAGAGCAAUUGUUUACACGCGAUAUUUAAUUGCAAUUAUGCGUAGAAGCGACAUGACUACCGCGAUGAUUACAAAUAUAGAAGAGGAAGACGAAAUGAAAAUACUAUGCGAGAUUCAAUUCGUCAACGAUGACAAAUUUGAGGAAAAACGAUCUGCGAUUAUCGAGCCGCGCGCUGGCAGAUACGUUACACCUCACAAAGUGGUGAUAGAAGGAAUAUUUCAGGACGGUGUGCUUCACGGUGAGGGAAGUAUGCGCUGGCCGCAAGGACAAAGAAUAGACGGUACUUGGGAUCGAGGAAAACUGGUAGAAAAGCGUUACACGUUCGCGGACGGUUUGUCGUAUCAGGAAGACGGAUGGGAUUAUUGUAAACCUCCCGACAGACGAUUUUAUAAUUGCAUACUAAACGGUCUGAGACCAGCGCGAAAAGUAUUAAAAACCAAUACCCAGCCAACUAAGAUCAUAACUCCGUUCGGUUAUGAUACCGGUACUGGGAUUUUUGACUACGGCAAGAAGUGCGUAGCGUCGUAUCGUAAUUGCAAAAAGAUACUCGAGAUUCCAACGACGGAAGAAAGUACUUGGAUAAGGGAAAAUUGCCGAAAGGGCUGGACGGAACCAACUGGUUACCGAGAAUGGUUACACGAAUACUGGCACUCGGGCGCGGCAGAGUUUGAGACGUUAUUACCUGAGGACGAAACGGAAAAUUGGUGGCAAAGAUUGACGACAUUUGUCAGACAUUCACCCGAUGAUAAGACAAAAACAACCUAAAAAUAAGUUCAAAAAAGAAAUAUUAUCUAUUAAAACUUGUGUAAGAAAUAUAUGCAUACAUUAAGACAAAAAAAUAAUUAAAAAGUAAUAUAAUAAAUAAAAAGA